AUGGUGGCCCGCUGUGGAGUCCCUCACCUGCCCCCAUCUAGUCAAGCAAGGACACUGACAACCUGUGGCAGUAGGCGCAAGACAGGCAGGACUUUAACUCAGUCCCACGACCCCAAAGACUACACACAAGGAUCACUGCAGCCGUCCAAGAAAGAGUCUUCAAGUAUGAAGACAAACCUGCGAUCUGCUUCACCCGCGUCCAGCACAACAGCGCACGGAACGCCAUGUGAGAGCUCUGCCCAGCAGACGGAGCCUGUGCCCAGGACAGAGGAGGUGCAGGCACCUGUGCUCCAGAUGGACAGCAGCGUCUUUCUAGAUGAUGACAGCAACCAGCCCAUGCCUGUGAGUCGCUUCUUCGGGAACGUUGAGCUUAUGCAGGAUCUGCCACCAGCCUCUUCAUCUUGUCCUUCCAUGAGCAGACGAGAAUUCAGAAAAAUGCAUUUCAGAGCCAAAGAUGAUGAGGAUGAGGAUGACGCGGAGAUGUAGAAUGGUGUCUUCACCUGUUCGGUAGUUCACAGUUGGACGAUGCAGCAAGUUUUAAGAUUCCUGUAUGGCAUCUCCAAGAGAACGUGCUCUUAAUUGAAUACAGAAUUGACAUGUCACCUGCGCAAACACUCGGCUCCUAUGGACAGGUUCCUUAUGACCACAGGUUGCUGCCACCACUGCUGUACUGCCGUCUUUUCCUCCUUUCUUAGAUGUGCCAUCCUGGCACAGGUCAGCAGGGGGCUGGGCAGUGGGAAAUAAGGAAAAUUCCUGAGUGCUUUGGUUUUGGUAACACAAGCUUACUUUCCAUGCCAAACUGAUCACUGGAGAUGAAUUCAGUUUCUUCUGGAAGGACUCUUGUUUCUGAGGGAAGCUAAUCAUUUAUCUUAUAGUUUUUGCAAAGUGCAUAUGAGAAGGAAAUAAAAUAUAUUUUGAAAAUAC